CUCCACCUCAAUGUCAAGCGAGUUCGACAUCAACACCUCCCAUGCGUAAAGGGCCCAGCUUACAGAACUUCAUCCUCCAGAUCGAGCUGCUCCGCGCGUACCGCGCCGCGGUGCGCGCAACGAGACCCCUCCCCGACUCCCAUACGCGGAGGGAAACGCUCGACUGGCUCCGCUCAGACAUUGAGCGCUUGCGCGGCGAGCUCGACGACGAGGUGAUCCGCUCAAAUCUCAGCACCUUUCGCCGCAACCUCAAAACCUUUACCCCUGCCCUUGGGAUGUCGGGGCUCAGCGGGACAGGGGCCAAGCUUAUCGGACAGCGACGCUAGACUGCAUCAUGGUGCAUCAAUGUACACUACUAUCAC